AGCCGGUGAUGAUGAUGAUUCUUUAUGCCUCCCAUCAUCAUCAUCAUCAUCAUCAUCACCAUCAUCAACAUCGCGCUCCCUGCUCGAAUCCCCUUCAUAAGACAGAGUUCCAAUCUGUUAUCAGAGCUAAUAAUUACUGGGUUUCAACAGUGUUUUAGAUUCCUUCUUUCAUGUCUACUCCAAGACCUGAAGAUGAAACCAAUCAUCAGCCCGACAAAUCAAGAUUUGUGAAUCUAUUUCGUUAGUACGGUUUUCGUCACCUCUCCAACACUAUGCGGAGUUUCAAGCUCAAAGACCGUUGUAAGACUAACCAAGUCCACGCCUUUAACCCAUCUGAAACCUCCAGUAGCGCCGCUGCCGCCGCCGCCAAGAACCACCACCACCACCGGGCCCAACCCACCAUUAAUUCCAUACUCACUUAUUCUCCCGAGAUCGUUUCGUUGCCAAUGGCUGAGUCUUUGCUUCCUUAUGGUCUUCCCACGGCCGUUUCUCUCGAGCCCUCCAUCGACCCGUUUCUCAAACCAGUUGAUUUUAUUGAUUCCAUGGCUGAGCUCUACCGCAGGAUUAAAAAGAGCCCAGAUUCUUGUAAAUCUGAUGUGUAUUUGGAGCAAUACGCGCUUUUGUGCAGUCUGGAUGACCCAAAAUUGAAUCGGAGGUGCCUCCAAUCCGCCCGCCAACGCGCAGCUGACGUGCAUUCGAAGGUGGUUUUAUCGGCUUGGUUGAGAUAUGAGAGGAGAGAAGAUGAAAUGGUUGGAAAAUCGGUUCUUGAUUGUAUUGGACGGAUUCUUGAAUGCCCAAAGUCUGCUUUGAUUCCUGGGUAUGAUCCCGAUUCGAUUUUCGGCCACUGCAACUGUUAUCAAUCACUGAAUCAAAGCUCUGAUCUUGGGAACUCGAACAACAAGAGUUCCUUCCAUGCCCCAGAAGAGGAUGGAGAAGUGUGUUUCUGCAUUGGCAAUGAAGUGAUCACAUGUAUCAGAGGUAAAAUUGCCUCUCUCUCAAUUCCUUUGAAAACCAUGUUGUAUGGUAAUUUUGUGGAGGCUAAGAACGAAAGAAUUGAUUUCACUCGAAUCGGGAUAUCCGUGGCUGGACUGAAAGCUGUGGAUAUGUUUAGUAGGAUGGGAAGAUUCGAAGACACUUGUUCGCCAUAUAUAGUUCUAGAGAUGCUCUCUUUUGCAAAUAGAUUCUGUUGUGAAGGGCUGAAGUCUUCAUGUGAUAGUUAUUUAGCUUCAUUGGUUUCCGACAUAGACGAAGCACUGGUUCUGAUUGACUAUGCCAUGGAGGAAAGAGCGCAAAUUCUAGCAGCAUCUUGCUUGCAGGUUAUACUCAGAGAGCUCCCUAGUCAUUUAUACAAUUCUAAGGUUUUAAGUAUCUUUUGUAGCAGUGAGGCUAGGCAGAGAUUGUCUGCAAUUGGACAUUCUUCUUUUCUUUUGUAUUAUUUCCUUAGCCAGGUCGCUAUAGAGGAUAAUAUGGCAUCCAAAAUUACAGUUAUGUUGUUGGAGAGGCUGAGAGAAUGCUCGAGUGACAGAUGGCAGAAGGCCAUUGCAAUGCACCAGUUGGGUUGUGUGCUGUUUGAGAGGAAAGAUUAUAAAGAAGCUCAAUCUUGCUUUGAAGAAGCCGUUGAAGCCGGGCACACAUAUUCUGCUGUGGGUGUUGCAAGAACUAAAUACAAACAAGGACAACGUUUUUCUUCGUAUGAGACAAUUGAUGGGUUGAUCUCAAAUCAUAAAGCGACCGGGUGGAUGUACCAAGAACGGUCUUUAUACAGUCUGGGCAAACAAAAGAUUUCGGAUUUGGAUGAUGCCACUAGAUUGGACCCCACCCUUUCUUUCCCGUACAAAUACAGAGCCGUUGCAAUGGUGGAAGAAAACCAGAUUGAGUCAGCCAUCUCAGAGAUAGACAGGAUCCUUGGGUUUAAGGUCUCUCCAGACUGUCUUGAGCUUCGGGCUUGGUGUUUUAUUGCCAUUGAGGAUUACAAAUCUGCCGUUAGAGACAUUAGAGCAUUGUUGACAUUGGAGCCAAAUCAUAUGAUGUUUUGUGGGAAAAUGAGAGCUGACCACAUGCUUGAAAUCCUUGGCCAGCAUGUUCAACAAUGGAGUUCUGCUGAUUGCUGGAUGCAGCUUUAUGAUCGGUGGUCUUCGGUUGAUGACAUUGGUUCAUUGGCUGUGAUUCAUCAGAUGCUCUUGAAUGACCCGUGGAAAAGUGUCCUACGAUUUCGCCAGUCCUUACUUCUUUUGAGGUUGAACUGUCAAAAAGCUGCAAUGAGAAGCUUGAGAUUGGCUCUGAAUCAUUCCACCUCCAAGCACGAACGGCUAGUGUACGAAGGAUGGAUUCUAUAUGACACCGGGCUCCGCAAAGAAGCACUUUUGAAGGCCGAGGAAUCCAUAUCAAUCCAAAGAUCAUUCGAAGCCUUCUUUCUUAAGGCGUAUGUCCUAGCCGAUACAACUCUGGACUCCGAAUCUUCAUCCUACGUUAUUGACCUCUUAGAGGAGGCACUUAGGUGCCCUUCAGAUGGCCUUCGCAAGGGACAAGCACUGAACAAUCUGGGGAGUAUCUAUGUGGAUUGUGGGAAACUGGAUCAGGCAGAGCAUUGUUACUCAAGCGCCUUGGAGAUCAAGCACACGAGGGCGCACCGAGGACUGGCGCGCGUUUAUUAUCUGAAACAGGAUAAGAAGGCGGCUUAUGCUGAAAUGACAGAGCUUAUAGAGAAGGCCCAAAGCAAUGCUUCGGCUUAUGAGAAACGGUCCGAGUAUUGUGACCGCGACGUGGCAAAUAAUGACCUCAGCAUGGUGACUCAGCUGGACCCGUUAAGGACGUAUCCCUACAGAUACCGGGCAGCAGUGCUUAUGGACGACCAAAUGGAAACGGAGGCGGUGGAGGAGCUAACGAGGGCCAUAUCGUUCAAGCCAGACCUGCAAAUGCUCCACCUGAGAGCGGCGUUCCACGAGUCGAUGAACGACUACGGCUCGGCCCUCAGAGAUUGCGAGGCGGCGCUCUGCUUGGACCCCACCCACAAAGACACCCUCGACCUCUACCAUCGCACCCUAGACAACAAACCCGACACUUAGGCCGCAGAUUGAAAGUUAGGUCAUCACACUGCUGCCGCCGUGGGGGUGGGGGUGGGGGUGGGGGGCACGAAAAAAGACGGGCCCUACCCUUGGAGGAUUUCGACGGGGAGGGAAAGAAGAUGAUGACGACGACAACGCAUGUACAUAAUACCGGCGGGCAGGCUGCCCGCCGGAUUCUGGCGAUGGGGAAACUUUGGUUUGGUCAAUCAAGUCAAGACGUUGCAUGGGAAGAAGCUAAAUUACUUCAUUUUUUUUGAGAGAAAAAUUAAUGUAAUAUUGUGUACACGAGUGACGUUAGUGUUGUCUUCCAAAAGAAACUUUGUGGGUGAUGAAUUGUGAUAUGUACAUGUCCCAUAUGUGUAGUAUACUGUAUUAUAAUAACAAUGCGUUACACUU